AUGACAUCUCUUCAUCCCCUCCAGGAGACCCAACUGGCAGUGGGCCAGCAACUCUGUGAAUGUUGCUCUCCGAUAGAGCAGCAUCUGGACGACCUUUUCGGAGAUAAGAGCUGGGACGGCCUCGCGAGCGGCUAUCCAGUGGGUCUCCUGGAUCAGAAGAUUUCGAAUGCAUCAAGAUGCCCGCUGUGUUGGCAGUUUGACAGAGGAUGGAGCCAACUCCAGGACAGCAACAGCUCGACGACAUCACCAACUGGAACUGCCAUUAUAAGAGGUUUCCCGUGGGCGUUUCUCGAUGAUGGUUCUCGUGGCAAUAUCACACUGGAAGGCCAACGCUGGACCACGGCUUUCUACCGCAUCCAAUUAAUCUGUGAUGAUCAUCAGUCGCGCAAGAUACUGGCGGAGUUGGAUGGAGUGAAAGUCCCGCCAGACGAUAAGCAACUGUUCCAACGGCGAUUUCUCAGGCCUACUGUUGACAUCAAACUCCUUAAUGGCUGGCUUUCCGGCUGCGAUCAGCAUGAGGAGCCACUCCAAAACGGUAGACUCGGCCAGUUCGCAGACAACUGUCACGAGUCGGGGAUUUACGAAGAUAACGAAUACGGGGGCGAGGAGCUCAAUUUCAAGCUUUGGAACUUGAAAACGAGAAAGUUGGAAAACUACAAAACAAACCGUCGAUAUGCGGCGCUAUCAUAUCGCUGGGAAAAUAACCCGGAAAAGAAAGUUCGUUGGGAGUUGGGAGACUCGCCACGGACCAUCACAGAUGCGGCUGGCCUCGCCAGGGACUUGGGCUUGGACUACCUCUGGGUGGAUAGGCUGUGUGUCAAGCAAGACCAUGAGAAUAUUAAAAAGGCGACUAGGCAAAUGCACAACAUUUUUGGCCACGCAUAUGUCACCAUCGUAGCCUGCGGCGACAGCGCCUAUGAUGGACUUCCUGGGAUUGGAGAGACUAAAAGGGACAUACGGGAGGGUAUAUCGGAAUGCUCAAUAAGGGCAGAUGUAAUUCAACUCGCCAUGGCCAGACCGGCACUCCACACAGUGGUCGAAGCUACUGACUGGAGCGACAGGGCAUGGACGUACCAGGAACGCCUUCUUUCCCACCGAUGUCUCGUCUUCACGAAAGAGGAGGUGUUUUUCUCGUGUCCGAAGAAUCGGGAUGAGUUCGAGUGUCACCCCGAAUGGCGUGAGAGCUACGUACUCGAGGACGACAGCAAGCCUGCCUUCUGCAGAUCCUAUAAGCCUCUGUCGACGACAGACCAGAGGCGAAUGGACCCUAUAUUUGCACCUCGGGUCUCUGGAAAACCUAGCUUCGAACGCUAUGCCAUGCAUGUCGAGCGCUACACGGCGAAAAAGCUGUCAAAACCUGAGGACAUUGUCGCGGCUUUCAUGGGGAUCUUGGUCACGCUCUACAAGGAAAGCCUCGACGGGGUUGACGACCAUGGUCUCCCUUACGAGCACUUCCAGCAAGCACUGUUGUGGCGGCAGAUUCGGCCUGGUGGGAGAAGAAGGCCCGGGGAGGGGCGACAAUUCCCAAGCUGGAGCUGGGCCGGGUGGACAAUGCCUGUUAUGUAUGAAGGAGGCGCGUUUGGAAGUAAGUGUACGCCAGAAGAGAAUUGGAAUGAUCGUGACUAA